CUGCUCUUUAGUCUCUGCUAUAAGGGUAUAAGGGGUCAGUGUUCUUUACUCGGCAUUAACGUAGCCUUCAACUUAUUCAUCGACAUAAUAAUCGGUUCAGAAGAAUUGCGAUGGAUGAGAACCAAGAAUCGCCGCCGCAGGCUCAGAAAGAAAACGCCGUUCCGUCGCUACAGCCGCGUACUCCGGCCGCCGUACCAGCCCGUCUUAAGGUCCCCAAACCUUUCAAAUACCCUGAAAGGUACACAAGUCCAACUGAUCAGAUGAUGUCCCCUGUUUCAAAGAGACUUCUUGGGGACGGCAGAACUAGAAAGGCCGUCGCUGCGGCCGCCGCUGCCGCAGCUCCCGGACCCUUAUUACCUCCUAAGCCUCUGAAGAUAAAAUCCGUCGCCCCUACAGCUGCCUCCACCGCGACAGCAACCGCUCCCUUCAGCGUUCUCGCCGCCAGAGUUGAUCUUUAGUGACCCAAACAGCGCUUUGACGUUCAAAGUCCUCUGUAAUCGUACUAAUGUCAUUCUGGAAAAGGAAAUCCGUUUUUUGUUGUUGUUUUCUUUUCAGGUUUGUAAUGUAUCAAAUAAUCAGCAUCUAUUUCAAAAUAAGUAAAGUUGAUUAAUGCUAAUCCUUAGAUAAUUGAAAGAGUUGAAAAAAGUAUCUCAAAGGUGG